UUAUUCACUGAGCGAUGCUUCAGAACUGACACACGUGACAAUACCACGGCCAAAGUCUACCGAAACCAUUCCGAUCGCUCCCCAACCCGUGACUAAAAUACCGAAGUAAGGAGUCAUUUUUCAGGAAACUCCGCAGGUCGGCGGACGAAAGCGCCACACUGUUCGUUCUCCCGAAAUAGCCAUACGCCAAAAGAAACAAAAGAAAAAGGCGAAACGACAGCGCGGCGUCUAAACGAGGCCGACCCCGCAGCAACCGCAUGCAAAUAUAGGACGUAGGCUUCGGGCAACAACAAUUUUCAAUCUCGGAAUCGAGGAGGCCGUGUUCAUUGUCACGCGACCCACCACGACCAUCGCAGAACCAGCCGCCGUCGUCCGUCAAGAAUCUGAAAAAUCCGCAGCACUGCUUCAGGAUGGCCAACGUCUUUGUCGGGUUUCACGACAACCGUAGCUGUAACCGAAUCCUUAAACCGCCGGGAGGCGGUACCUCCAAUAUCUUCGGCACCGACCGUAUGCCGGACGUGGUGCCUCUGACGCUUCCAAAACUGGAUAAAGCUUCUAGCGUACAGGAGACGUUGCAAUCGGAAGUCGUCGCGACGACCGCGUCACUUGACGGGACCGCGGCGUCCGACACGAAACAACAAGCCGCCGAAGAAAUGGUACCGGACGUCGUCGCGGCGACGACGGACAACAUCGGAAGCUUGCAGAUCCAAGAAUCGCGAGACGACUCCACCACUACGAAAUCGACCGAAAUUGAUUCUGUGGUGACGAGCAGCGUCGUGACUCGAACCGUAGAAGUAAAGUCGGCGAGCAAAAGCUCGACGAUCGCGGACGUCUUAAAACAAGAGGGCGUGGCGGUGGAAGAUGUAGAUUUGGCGAAGAAACCGAAGAUCAAGUCCCCCAACAGGGUGCCCCCGGGCGGCUAUUCCUCCGGGCUGUGGUAAAACUGUCCGAUUGUCGAAAUGUCAAAAAUUAUUCCUAUUUAGCCUUUUUUCGCGGUUCGCAAUGCUACUGUAUUGACAAUAAAUUAUAUAAUACCAUUUCCUAAUAUAUUUU